AACAAACGAGCAAAACAAACACAUUUUCAAUUCACACUAACCGUCCGAUCACCAAAAUGUCAGGCGUUUGGGUAUUCCGAUCCAACGGUGUGAUGCGCCUCGUCGAAAACGCGCAGGCCGGCGGCGAUUACUCCUCCGACGGCCACCAUCACCACCACCACCACAACGGCGGCGGAAGAAAGAAGAUUCUGGUUCAUCUUCCUUCCGGCCAGCCGGUCACAUCCUACGGAUUUCUUCAGAAGAUUCUGGAAGGUCUAGGAUGGGAGCGAUAUUACGAAGGCGAUCCCGAUUUCUUCCAAUUUCAUAAGCGAUCUUCCAUUGAUCUCAUUUCGCUCCCAAUGGACUUCUCCAAAUUCAACUCCAUUUAUAUGUACGAUCUCGUCGUCAAGAACCCUAACGUUUUUCACGUCCGCGAGCCCUAAUUUCUUUUUAUUUUCAUUUUUUUUAUUCUCUCUCUGUAAUAAUAAUCAUUUGUGAAAUCUUAAUUCUGUACGUA